GGCAGACGUGCUGCGUAGAUUGCCUCUGUUGGUGCUGGUCGUCGUCGUCUUCCUGUUUGUCGUCUUCCUCCACGUCUUUUUGUCGUGCCUGCCGUGGAACACACGUCGCAAGUGGAGGGCGUCAACGAGAAGGCCACGCACGGACCGACGGAUGGCGAAGACGCAGGCAGGCGCGCCACAAGUGGUCGGUCAGGGCGGAAGUCUCCCGUCGACGGAGGCGCCCCGACAAAGGUACGAUCCGUCAGCGUAUAGCCAUCUGCAGUCGUGGGAGACGCCGCUGCCCCCAUCGGACGAGGAGGUGGAGGCGGAGGAACUGGGGACGUUGGCUUUGGCCAGCGGAUCGACCCAGUUGUUGUUUUCGCAGACGUUGAUAGCAGGAGGGUCGGCCAACAAGGAAGGCGGUGAGUUCACAUCCCUCCCGGAAGCAGGCUUGGACCGCGACGACGACGGAGAAGUUGAUCUGAGGUUCCGGUUGUCGUCGGACAGCGCGAGAGAGGCUAGCCGGACAUUCAUCAUCGAAGAGCAACCUUCGCCACAUUCCCUGCAACGUCCGCGAGAAGAGCACACGGAACAGUCGACACUUCGUGGCGGUGCUUCCCUUACUGCACAUGUCGGGCCGUCAUCGACAGCGCGCCAGCGUGGAGCGAGCACGCCGUCCUUCGAUCCACUACGAAAGACAUUGCCCGCACGCAGCGAGGUAUCUGCAGCAGCCACACGCAUCAGCGGAGUCGCGGCAGCGCCCGCCCGCAACAGCGUUGGGCGAUCGAAUAUAUCCAACCCAGCACCCACGCCCGAUGAUGAAUUCAGAGGCGAUCCCGCUUGCAGACCGGUGGUGCGUCCGCAGCCUACGGUGGAGAACAUAACAGACGGAGUGUCGAACAUGAGGGCACACAGCAAUGGUGUUGGCGAGAAUGGCGGUGCUGGCGACGAUGCCGACGAUGGAUACAGGGAGGACGUCGAAGCCGUUGAUGACGACAGCGAUGCGCCUAUUCGGCCUUUGGGGAAGGCGGGUGGGAGGGGGAGAGGACGCGGCAGAGGUGGUGGUCGAGGUCAAUUCGCAGGGCGUGGCAGCAGAGUAGCCGAUGGCGACGAUGGCGGAAAAUCAGCGGCGUAUUGGUCCACAGACGAUCAACUGCUCCUGGUGCGCUGCAAGCGGGAGCAGGACAUGCACCUUGCCGGCCUUGGGCACAGCUACAGUCGAAUGCGAACGAAAGAAUGGAAGUGGGAGGACAUCGCGAAACAGAUGGCGAACGCGGGCUGUCCUAGAGAGGCCGAUGACUGCAUGAAGAAGUCGGACAAUCUAUUCCAGAACUACAAGAAGAUACAAAGGUUCCAGAAUGCCGGCGGCGAGGCAGAUUUCUUCAGGCUGUCAAAUGAAGAGAGGAAGGACCACAAUUUCAAGUUUCGGAUGGUGAGAGCGCUCUACAACGAGAUCCAUGGAGGCAUGCUGGGAAACCACACCAUUUUCCCUCCCAACAUCGCAGACACAGGUAAUCCGGACGGCGUGCAGUUGCCGAGACGAGGAGCGGGCAGCGGGGAGUCUGUCAGUAGUGAGGCGGCCGAUGAUGGGUGGGCGGAAGAACGUUCUUCGCCGAGGGAGUCCGACAACAAUGUAGGCAGCGGGGCCCGAAGCAUGAAGCGGAAGAACGCGCGACAGCAGGCGCUGGAGUCCAUCACCGACGUCAUGGAUCGGCACGGCGCACUGAUGUCCUCGACGAUGGAGUCCUCCAGCAAGCGACAAUGCAGCGUUUUGACGAGGCAGUGUGACAUCCUCGACCAGGAAGUUGCAGUUCAAAAAGAGCACUACGAAGCGUCCGAUGAAACGCAGAGGAUGGUGUGCCACGCCUUGAUGGAGAUCGCUGCCGCCAUCCGUGGUCGCUCUACGAUUCACUUAACAGACGGCGGGCGGUUUAGGUGGGGGACGUCACAUGACGAGGACGAAACGGUCACUUCAGGACGCGAGUUCUGUCAGCGGCGCGCACUUGGACGGCGACGGUUGGGGAAGACCAAGCGACGGCGAAGGCCACAACGAGACGGGAUACCCCGCUAUGGAGGAGGUGGCGCGAAUGGAGCACGACCAGAUCAUACUUGAGAUGCGUCCAUGCUUGGAGAUCAGGCGCAGGUUCGCGGCGCCGCUGCGGUCGUCGACGAAGCGGCGGACACACCUCGUGGAACGGGAGGAGGGGGGCGGAAGGCCGAGGAGGCGACGAGGACAUUGGAGAUCCCCCGCGCGGAGAAGAGAAAGGUGGUGGAGGACGACGAGCCACUUGUUAACAGGGUCCGCAAAGGUGGAGUGGUCAAAGAGCUGGUUGAUCGGGCGAAACUAUGGGUGGACGACAAGUCGUUCUGGACGUCGGGGGAGGGCCGCAGGCUGUACAACAUUGUGAACGACGCACGGGAGUACCUCGUCGCCAUCGCCAGAGGAGGUCCUUUGCCGAAGGUCCCGAGAAGUGUAGCCUUGCCGAGGUCGAACGUCACGGUGACGAGGCUCACUGAUUCCGCGCAGUUGCAGGGAGCGACUGAUCGCGCGUUGAAGUUCCAGAACGCGGUGAUGCGUGUUCUGCACGAAUGGGUCUUCAAGUCCAGAAGCAGGGAGAGGGGGUACACUCUCGCCUUCCAGUACCUCCUCGAAUCGGUGGCCACGGACUUCGCGCGCGCGAUGUGGCUCGGAGAGGACUGGAGCAACGUCAUCAGCCCCGCCAUUUGCGCGCACACUCUGGAGCUCGGGAUGGACCUGCCUCUGGGGUACGCAGGUGCUUACAUCGAAGACAUGCCUCGGGAUGACGACAUGGCUACUUACCAGGAAGCGGCUGUCAAGCGACUGAUUGUUGCGUUCAGCGCGGCGGUAGAAAUAGGGAACGCGAUGGAUGGAGGAUGCAAAAGUCAGGACCGUUUGUCCCGUGUUGCGGAGAGCUUCAAGGUCCUCUUGGCGGCUGCCAUGUGGAUAAUGCGAUUAGCGGGAGACGAUCCGAGGUCUCACUACGAAGCUUUCUACUUCUGCAACCUCGUCGCAAAGCCCGUUAUGGUGGCGUCCAUGCACCGCAUCUUCGAUCACCAGGGUGCUGACGGUGAUGAUGAUGACGACGUGGAUGAUGACGACGACGAUGACGAUGAUGAUGAUGAUGAUGAUAGCGAGGAUGAUGAUGAUGAUGAUGAUGAUGAUGAUGAUGAUGGCGAGGAUGAUGAUGAUGAUGACGACCACGAUGAUGAUGAUGGUGAUGAUGACGUCGAUGGCGAUGAUGAUGAUGAUGAUGAUGAUGAUGACGAUGACGAUGAUGAUGAUGUUGAUGAUGAUGAUGAUGGUGAUGAUGAUGAUGGUGAUGAUGAUGAUGACGAAUACGAUGAUGAUGACCACGACGGCGAUGAUGACGACGAUGAUGAUGAUAAUGACGAUAACGAAGAUGAUAACCCGUCGGAGGCGGUCUCGAAGCGCAUCCCGCAACAAGUCGCCGUCGACGUUGGUGCACUGCCGCCGCCCACCACCGCCGUUCCCCACAAUGCCCAAGUCGACUCUCCACCGAAAGUCGUUCUCGUCAACCUCCCACAGGAGGUUCUCGUCAAAAUCGACACCCGCGUCCAGGAGGAUGUUGUGGAGAGUGCAGAUGGCCACGAAUUGCUGUGGCAAGGUCUGAAGGUUCGUCUUGUGGGUGCGCAAAAAGAGACGCCACAUGCACUUUAGUCGCCCAAACGCCCUCUCCACACACCCCCGCGCCACCUUCUGCC